AUGAAGAAAUUUUUGUUGAAAUUCAUCACUAAAAAGUUCUUUGGAGAGACCAAGCUGAACCGGUUUGGCUUUGAUGAUCCUUAUUACGAGGAGGUGCAACUCGAUCCUACCGACCCCAAUUCCAAAGUGAUUCGCAGUUAUAUCCAGCCACCUGUGGGGCUUUCAGAUAACGACACCAAACUGUUCCAAAAGAUUCAAAGAAGAUCCUAUAGGCUAGACUACUUAUUCAAUAUUUGCGGAGUCAAGUUCGGUUGGAAUGGAGUUAUAUCUGUGGUUCCUGUUGUUGGAGAUGUGUUAGCUGCAAUCAACUCAUUGCUAAUCUACAGGCUAAUUUUUCAAUUGGACAAUCCAGUUCCAUGGGAUAUCCAUUUCUUCAUACUGCUGAAUAUUAUAGCCGAUUUUCUGUUUAAGCUGAUUCCAAUUGUGGGCAGCUUUGUGGACAUUGGAUUCAAAGCCAACAGUCGUAAUGCUGCGUUAAUUGAGAAACAUUUGGCAACCGUUGCUAAAGCGAAUCAAUUUUUCAACGAUGUGGAUUCUGAAUCAGCGUCAACUAAAUCACUGGUAUCCUGGCAGACCUCCAGUGUCACCGGGAUACCCGAUAUUGUUGGUUCGUUGAGGUCCAGAAUCUUUGGGAGGGGAGCAAAAGUAGAAGAAAAACCGAUUGAGUCCAUCGACUUGGGGGUCAGCUCCAAAAGUGUUCUCAAUAAGCCUAGGCCAAGGGUGAACUCCACGGGAGGAAUUUCAACUGCCAGGGCGGUAGAUUCUCCUCAAAAGACCAUGCUGAAAUGA